ACAGUGUAAACGAUUUUUUGUUCUAUUUAGAGCAUGGCAAACCACAUUCGACCAGUAUCUAAUAUGACUUUUUCAAAGUCGAAUAAUCUACCGGUUGCAAAUCCAAAUCCGAAGCCAAAUGCAAAUGAAAAUCCCAAUUCCAAUACAAACCCCAAAAAGCAUUAUCUUCGUCCGAAGAAAAUUGAUCGCAUGUCAAACAGGGCAAUUGAGGAAAUUAUUAAAAAGAAUGAAAGGCUUGAGGAAGAAAAUACGAUGCUAAAGAAUGAAGUCAACAUUCUAAAAGCUGGGGUGAAUGGCAGGAUGCUUUUGCCCGAAGAUUUUUUUGUUACUGACACGGCAGUGCAAGUGUGCAUGGACAAUUUCGUAAACAAAGUUUCGAUUGACACUGGAACUCAGACUAUGGUCGACGAUGCAGUUUCGGGGACCGACAUGGGAGUUCAAGUGUCAAUGGACAACUUUGUUAAGAAAACGAUGCACGUUUUGGUUGACACUGGAACACAGACACAGACUAUGGUCGACAAUACGGUUUCAGAGACUGACAUGGAAGCGGAAGUGUCUUUGGAAAAUGAAGCAAGCAAAGCGGUGCACGUUUCGAUUGACAGUGAAACAGAAACUGUGUUCGCUGAUGCACAAAAUGUCGUUUGGGUCAAAGAUGCGGCGGUCCAGGCUAUGAUAAGCGUUUCAGACAUAGGGACAAUGACUAUUGCCGAGCAUGAAGUUAGGGAGACAGGUCACGCGGUUGAGGUCAACCAGGCUGCAGCUAAAGUAGAUAACAAUAUUUUAUUGGACCUACUGCCAUGGCUUCAAGUCGUUCGUGAAAAGGACGACUUCUUUAAUUUAGAAAGGCAGCUCAUUUUCGAUGAAACGCUGCAGGAUGAUCUGAUUUCCACAGCAGCAGUUGCAAUAAAGUCACCAGACGAAACCAAUUUUUUAAAAUGUUUACUCGCCAGAGUUUUUAGUCCAGAUUUUUUUGUUAACACCCUUGCAUUCAACGCCCGAGGAAAGAAGGUUCAAUUCAAGGGUACCAUUACCUUGCGUUGUUUCGCAGUGGCGAUGAUGAGAAAAUUCGAAAAGGAAAAGAAACAAAAGGAAAAGAAACAGGAAGAAGAAGAGGAAACGAUCGAGAAAUUCAAAAACAAAAUUCAGGCCUUUGUGACCGAUUUUAAGGUAUUGGUAAAACGUAAUCCAAAUAACUGGCCCCAAUAAAUGCCGAUUGGGUCGGAUCAAUUAAUUUUUGCCUGUUGUCACUGUAAAUUUUCCGAUAUGAUUUGAGAAUAAAAUCAAAACUAGUUAAACCGCAUUUACUACUUGGCUAAAAUAACUAUCCGUAUCCGA